AUGAAUAGGUUUCCACUACCAAGGGAUCCUAAAACUAUCUGGGGAUUGCUUCAAGACGAAUCGCCAAAGACGAGAUUGAUGUUUGUGUUGGAGAAAGCAUUGAAUUUGUUUAACCUCUCAGCCACUUUUAGCAGACAUAGUGACGUACCCUUGCCAUUGAUGGCACUUAGAGGAAUAGAAUCUAUAACUUCUACACUGUACUUUGUUGAAACGGGAAAAAAGAACACUUUCCUCGCUGAAAUAGCUCCCGUCAUAUUUUUGCAAUCAAACUGCAUAGCUUCUAGUGGCAGAGAUGAAUUUGUAACUGAUCUUAUGAAAUACAUCCAAGUGGACUCCUAUGGCAUUUGCCUUCAUAACAAAGAUUUACCUUUACAUAGAAUGUAUUUACACUUUAAAACGUACAUAGAUCACCUGUAUGGUCAGGAACUGCUAAUAUUUAUGGCAAGGUAUAAAUUUAUCAUUGCAAUAGAGAAUGGGAUUUGUAGUGAUUACAUGACGGAAAAGCUCUGGCGUGCUAUAGAAAUAGGAGUCGUACCCAUAUAUUACGGUUCACCUUUGGUUAGAGACUGGCUACCUAACAACAAGUCAGCUAUCCUUGUAGAAGAUUUUGCUACGCCUGAACUACUCAGCCAACACCUACACUAUCUUCUACAGAACGAUACUGCGUAUGAAGAGUAUCUUAAGCACAAAACUCUAGGUGAUAUUACAAAUCAGAAACUAAUCGAUGAAUUAACUAUAAGACCAUAUCAAACAAGUCUCAGUAAAGUAAUUCAUGAAUUUGAGUGUUUUGUGUGUCAGAGGCUUCACGAUAAGAAAGAAACUUCUGUCAAUAUAGUGACGAAAAAACAUUACGAUUGUAUGCUGCCUACGCAGUUAACACGGUCUGUAAAUAAUUCGGAUAGCAAAGAAUUCUUAGAAGUCAUAUACAACACGUACAUGUUUAAUGUCAGAAGAAAGAUAGAUAAUUUAUAUGAAGAGAUUCUGGAUCCUGAUAAGACACCACGUUGCUCCAAUACCAGCUGGGAUUGGUGA